CCGACAAUAUUCCAAACCAGAUCAGUCACGAGACGCAACAAAACAAAAAAGCGACACCAAAACUCACAGCUUCUCCUCCUUCCCCCUCCACCCACCUUUCUCUUCUCCCUUAUUUUCAGAGUUUCAGCAAAACCAAGCUUCUUCAGUUUCCGAGAUUUUUGUUUCUGGGUUUUUUUUUAAUUAUCAUUUUCAGAGCUUUUGGCGUCUCCAUCAAUGGCGGCUUUGGUGAAACUCCUCACAGCGCUCUGUUUCUUCUCUGUUUCCAUCUCCGCACUCAACAUCGGUGUUCAGCUCACAGAUCCCUCUGUUACGCUGCAAAAAGAAUGCAGUCGAAAAUGUGAGUCGGAGUUCUGCAAAGUGCCUCCAUUAUUGAGGUACGGAAAGUACUGUGGACUUCUAUACAGUGGAUGCGUAGGAGAGAGACCGUGCGAUGGUCUCGACGCUUGUUGCAUGAAGCAUGACGCUUGUGUUCAAUCCAAAAACAAUGAUUAUUUGAGCCAAGAAUGCAGCGAGAGAUUCAUAAACUGUAUGAGCAAUUUUAGAGAUACGAAUCAGCCUACCUUCAGUGGCAACAAAUGCGAUUCCGACGAGGUCAUUGACGUCAUCUCCGUCGUCAUGGAAGCCGCUCUCCUAGCCGGAAGGUUCCUCCGCAAACCCUAAUCUCUCCCAUCUUCCUCUAUUUGUGUGUUUUUUUUCCUUUCUAUUUUAAUGCAUGUUUUUUUUUUCUUCAUCCUGUUUUCUAUUUUUUGUGUUGGAUAUUUUGGGUUUUUAUGGAAAUUAAUGAAAUAAUCAUGCCUCUGUAAUUUUAA